AUGCGAUGUCACGCGGGUGGAGACAGUGUUGCCAUGACAUUCCAUGAGGCAUCAGAUACUUGCUCGCGGGGCCGCGGCGGAGGGCAUCGUGCUGCCCUGCUCGCUGCUCCUCGCCCGCGGGUCUGCGCGCUCGCCCACCUGAGUCGCGGCCGGGGCCGCGGGGCCACGCGCUCAGCCGCCACCUGGAAGGAAGAGGCAGUCUCAGCUAGGAGAUGGGGAGCGGGCGAAGUUGACGAGCUCCCCACCCACGCUGCGCCCCUCCUGCACAGAGGUGCGCCGCCCCCUCCGGGGGUGUCCGCGCGCGACCCUGCCCCAGGUGUGCAGGGGACACUCCGCCCCCCGGGACCUGAAAACUUCACCCCAAGUCCGAAGAGUGGGCUCCGAGGGCGGUGCCCAGAGCCGGACUCUGGACUCCGCGCAGGGGAAGCCGUCCCGGCGGCUGGCGAGGCCGUCGGAGGGCGGGGACCCGCUGGAAACUUUAUCAUCAUCAUAGGACUGAUCACGUUUUGCUGUUUUCUCUCUCCGCAGGGGCUGCAGCCAGCGGUCUGUCGCGCGUGCUUGUUUGCCAAAGGAGGCGCCCCCGGGAGAAGACCCGCAGGGGAGUUGUUUCUCCGGGGGAGCCCUGCAGCCCAGCCGAGGGGUCUGGGCGGCCUGGAUGCGCAGGACCCAGCCCCGCAGCCGCUGACGCCCGGCGGCGGCGAAGGCCUGGGCGGUGGCCUGGGCGGGGGGCUCGGCGGUGGCGGCGGCAGGAAGGGGUCGGGCCCCGCCGCCUUCCGCCUGACGGAGAAGUUCGUGCUGCUGCUGGUGUUCAGCGCUUUCAUCACGCUCUGCUUCGGGGCGAUCUUCUUCCUGCCCGACUCCUCCAAGCUGCUCAGCGGGGUCCUGUUCCACUCCAGCCCCGCCUUGCAGCCGGCCGCCGACCACAAGCCCGGGCCCGGGGCACGCGCCGAAGACGCGGCGGAGGGGCGAACCCGGCGCCGCGAGGAGGGCGCGCCCGGGGACCCGGCGGCAGCCCUGGAGGACAACUUGGCCAGGAUCCGCGAAAACCACGAGCGGGCUCUCAGGGAAGCCAAGGAGACCCUGCAGAAGCUGCCGGAGGAGAUCCAGAGAGACAUCCUGCUGGAUAAGGAGAAGGUGGCCCAGGACCAGCUGCGUGACAAGACACCGCACAGGGGGCUGCCCCGGGUGGACUUCGUGCCCCCCAUCGGGGUGGAGAGCAGGGAGCCCGCCGACGACGCCGUCCGCGAGAAGAGGGCAAAGAUCAAAGAGAUGAUGAAACAUGCUUGGAAUAAUUAUAAAGAUUAUGCCUGGGGAUUAAAUGAACUUAAACCUAUAUCAAAAAAAGGCCAUUCGAGCAGUUUGUUUGGUAACAUCAAAGGUGCAACUAUAGUAGAUGCCUUGGACACACUUUUUAUUAUGGACAUGAAAAAUGAAUUUCAAGAAGCAAAAUCAUGGAUUGAAAAAAAUUUAGAUUUUAAUGUGAAUGCCGAAAUUUCUGUUUUUGAAGUGAAUAUACGCUUUGUUGGUGGACUACUCUCAGCCUAUUAUCUGUCUGGAGAAGAGAUAUUUCGAAAGAAAGCUGUGGAACUUGGGGUAAAAUUGCUACCUGCAUUUCAUACUCCCUCCGGAAUACCUUGGGCAUUGCUGAAUAUGAAAAGUGGUAUUGGAAGGAACUGGCCCUGGGCCUCAGGAGGCAGCAGUAUUCUGGCAGAAUUUGGAACCCUGCACUUGGAGUUUAUGCACUUGAGCCACUUAUCAGGAAACCCCAUCUUUGCUGAAAAGGUAAUGAAUAUUCGAACAGUACUGAACAAGCUGGAAAAACCACAAGGCCUUUAUCCUAACUAUCUGAAUCCCAGUAGUGGACAGUGGGGUCAGCAUCAUGUAUCAGUUGGAGGACUUGGAGACAGCUUUUAUGAAUAUUUGCUAAAGGCAUGGUUAAUGUCUGACAAGACAGAUCUAGAAGCUAAGAAGAUGUAUUUUGAUGCUGUUCAGGCCAUUGAGACUCACUUGAUCCGCAAGUCUAGUGGGGGACUCACUUACAUCGCGGAGUGGAAAGGAGGCCUCCUGGAACAUAAGAUGGGCCACCUGACCUGCUUUGCUGGAGGCAUGUUUGCACUCGGGGCAGACGGAGCUCCCGAAGGCCUGGCCCAACACUACCUUGAACUUGGGGCUGAAAUUGCCCGUACCUGUCAUGAAUCUUAUAAUCGCACAUUUAUGAAACUGGGGCCAGAAGCUUUCAGAUUUGACGGUGGUGUUGAAGCCAUUGCUACAAGGCAAAAUGAAAAAUACUACAUCCUACGGCCAGAAGUUAUUGAGACUUACAUGUAUAUGUGGCGACUGACUCAUGAUCCAAAGUACAGGAAAUGGGCCUGGGAAGCUGUAGAGGCUCUGGAAAGUCACUGCAGAGUAAAUGGGGGCUAUUCAGGCCUAAGGGAUGUUUACCUCCUUCAUGAGAGUUAUGAUGAUGUGCAGCAGAGUUUCUUCCUGGCAGAGACACUAAAAUAUUUGUACUUAAUAUUUUCUGAUGACAAUCUCCUUCCACUGGAACAUUGGAUCUUCAAUACUGAAGCACAUCUUCUCCCUAUACUCCGUACAGAAAAAAAGGAAAUUGAAGUCAAAGACAAAUAAAAAGACAUUUUAUAUUUUACUCUGCUUCAUUCCCUUCACUGCAUACCUUAAUAAUUCCUUUUCUGGUAAUCAGACACAUGAUGAACUUUUAUUAGUAGGUCUGUGAUUAUUCUAAGUUCCAAAAUUGUUUUGCAGUCUUUUAUGUUUAUCAUAGACAUAGAUGGACCGAAAUCCCUAUUAUAUCCUUUAUUAUUCAGCCAGUGGAUCCACAGGUUUUAUUUUGCUUAUUUGUUUUGAAGUAACCUAUUAUCUCUGGCAUUCAUGAAGGUGUAAUAUUAUUUUUAUUAAACUGAACAGAACGGUAUACCAAUGACCUCUUAAUUACAAUUUGAUUUGACUGCAAAACUUUUUCCUCCUCUAUGAGGAGAUGAUGUCUGCUUUAAGCUGUAAUGUUUUGCCAUGUUGCAAAAAGCCAUAAUAAUAAAUUAAGUAUUAAAAAAAGCUUUUUCCUUUUCAAUUUCAUGUUAAUCUGGUUUGUCUAUCCACCAGAGACAGAUCUUAUAAGUGUGACAGCCUCCUUAUGUAGAUCUAUCAUUAUUUGAUAGAGUAUCUUCUAAAAUUCUUCACUCGUAUUGUAAUUCAAAUUAGAAAGUCGUCCCAAAGGAUCAUCUCAUGUUGACCUCAUUUCAUUGGAACUGCAGUAUAUUUUUGUUGGUUAAUUAUAUUAGUGUUUCCCAAUUUGUGAAUUUGUUCUCUAAUUUUACUUUAAAUGCCCUGUGUCAUUUCCGGAUCAUGUACUGGUUAAUUUCUUCCAGUCCCUACUACACAGCGAAGCGAGCUCUCACGUUUUGCAGAGCUCUGCUAUUGCUGAAUUACAUUUUUAAAGGGAAAUAGCCUAGCUUUUAAUGUGUUAGCAUUUCCUUUUAACUGGAUAGAUGAAGAAAUUAGGUCUCUCAAAAGAGAGGGUGAGUAUUUCAUAUGGCUUUUAGUUCAUUUGUUUUUAUUUCAUCUUUAAUUUUUUUUUCUUGAGAAAAGAAAGCAUUCCAUUUGGUUCAGAUUUUUCAGAUUUGAAAAAGGCCCUUUCUCAAAUGUAGUAAAUUAUUUCAUUUCAGUUUGUGAAAUCAGGAUUUGACUCUGUGAAAGCAGCAUUGCCAAUUUAUCUAUUCAUGGUCAGUUAAGGAAAAUCUAAUAAACUCUUAGGCCAGAUAAGAUUAUAGUACAUUUAUUAUGGUUAAAUUCAACAUAGAGAUCCUGACUUAGAAGCAACAUACGGGAGUGGACAUUCCCAAUCCUCCACAAUCCUGCAGCAGGUCAAAAUAAUUGUAUAAUUCUUCUAAGCAUAAAGGUUUGAAAUAUGAAUGGUUUUCCCAAGAAUGGAUUUGGUGACACCUUGUGUUUUAUUAUCAUAUUGGUUCAUAACGUAUAUAUAUAUAUUUCCAUGAAAGAGCUGAUAGGAUGGUGUGUAUACUGAAGUAUGAAGAAUGACCACCUAAAUUUUCAGCCUAGAUGGUCAAACAGAGCAGUGCAACCCCAUGGAUUAGGCUGAAGCAUAUGAAAUUGCUACAUUUGUAGUUUUAAAACUGUCUAAUAUCAGGAAUUUCAUGUGCUUCAAUCUAAUAUUUUUUAAGACAGUUAUUUUCUUAGAUGUCAAUAGACUUAAUAGUUUUAGCUAUUUCAGGUUUUGAAAGUGUUUCUAAAGUUUUCCUUUGACAGAACCACCUUGUGACCUGCUCUUUUUUUUUUUUUACUCCCCCCCCCCCAAUAUCGUACAUUGAUGUAGGUCAAAGAAUAAAUAAAAUUAGAAAAUGAAAAAGAUCCUUCAACACAUCACUGUUGUCAUAUUAAUGUGUUUCUGUGACCCAGAAUAACGUCCCCCACAUGUAUCUUCAGCUCACUUAAUGAAAUGAACGGAUAGCAGGAGCCCUUUUUUCCCAGGACUUUAAGGCAAAAUAAAAAAAUUAUUGUCACAAUUGGGCCACAUGUAUUAAGAUUAUAAUUUUCACAUGGAUAUCCUUGGAGUAGCAACAUAAAUUAAUUCAUUUUCUUUGCCUUUCAAUUUUAUUUGAAAGAGCACAAAGCUGUUAGGUAUUUCUGCAGCAGAUGGGUCUCAAAACCAGGUUGUGUGGACACUCUGCACUAUCACGUACCUUUUGUAUCCUGGUAUAAGUAGACAAGAAGCUGUACUACACGCUGCCCUGCCAAUGACGAGUACAGAGUUUUUUCCAUUUUCGAACUUGGAUUUUUUUUAGCAUAAGUCCCACAACACCAAAAAUGUAAACAAGAUAAGAGAUUAAUAUUAUGGUGAUAUAAUUUAAUUAAAGUUAUAUUUUGUAUUAAUUAUCUUAAACUGAAGUCUUUAGUUGAUACUGUCUUUUAUUCAUUUUCAGCAAAACUGUGCAGUUAAAUUUACAUAUGUAUUCAUAUCCUGAAAGAUGAACAAUUAAAAUAGCACUUAAUUCUGUGUUUAUGUGGUAUUUUUUUGAUAUACUUUGUGCAAUUAAUAUUACACAUAUAAGUUGUAUGGCAAUUUACAGAACUCAAUGACUUGGUUUGUCAUGACUUUUUCAUGUGUGUUACCCAUUUUUUUACAUUGAUUAUUUUUGAUUUGUACAUAAAUCCAUUCUGUCAUUUCCAACUUUAUAUAAAUCUCUAAUGUUAUGAGAAGCAUAAUAGAUUGACACAUAAUUUUUAAAAAUUAUAUUUGUAAUAUUUCUCUAUUGUGAAUAAAGUCUUUUAAUAUAUCUC